AUGCCCAAGAUUGUCAGUUCCAGUACGAUUUCAGCGUCUGCCGAGUUUAUCACAGGCGCAGAGAAAGCUCUCCAUGUAUACUACUGCCAUUAUUGCGGGGAAUAUGUUCUCAUCGUUGACAAACGAUUACACAAGCUGCCACGCCGGAGAACGGACAACGCAUCGAUAAUAAGCGACAAACGAACAUUCAAGCUCAAUCUCAAACGUGGCCCUACAAAAAUUAUCAAGAGAGCGGCUGGAUAUGAAAGACAAUCCCGAUGGUCAUGUCCGCGAUGUGAUCUACCUGUAGCGUACGAUCAAGAUUCUGGGCCAGUGUACAUAUUUGAUGGGGCAGUUCAUGGCGGUACAUCGGCACAAGGCCCUGAUGAAUCAAGAAGACAAGUACUGGGGGAAAGCAAAGUGGAAGAUCAUCGCCCUGCUCAAGUACAAAUGACUGCUGAACAGCUACUUCGAGAAGCGGAGAGAUCCAGAGAGAGGUCGAAACGAUAG